AUGCAAGAAUAUCCGGGUGGUACAGGAAAAUCAUUCCUAAUUGAUUUGUUGUUGGCUCAAAUUAGAUCCUCCGGUGAAGUUGCAUUAGCAGUAGCUUCAACUGGUAUAGCAGCAACUCUCCUUAGUGGCGGCAGAACUGCUCACUCGACUUUCAAGUUACCGUUAAAUGUAUUAUUUGAUACAGAAUACGUUUGUCCGAUUCGUAAAAAUGGCCCUCUUGGAAAAAUUCUUCAAGAAACCUCAUUCGUUGUGUGGGAUGAGUGUACAAUGAGUCAUAGAUCACAUAUCGAAGCAAUUGAUCGAACAUUAAGAGAUCUUAGGUUUGAAACUGUGGAAUUAUGUUCUUCAAGUGAUACAGAAGAAAGUUUGCCUGAAUAUUGUGAGUUAGGCCAAAACAUACAAGGUACCAAUAACUCUAUUAUUAUGAAAAUGUGUGAAGAAUCUUAUGAAGUCGGCCCUUCAACUAAUAAACGCGGAAGAACAAUAUUCAUCAACAAAAAACUUGUAAUUGUUUUAGAUAGAUGCAAGGUAAGCGAUAGAGAUACAACUCAUGUAUUAAUUAACGCGGCUCAGGCAUUAGGACAUAAUGUUGAUAAUUUAGUAAUAAACCGUUCAUCGAUUCCCCAAGUUCGUGAAAAAGUACGAAAACUGCAAGCAGAACAACUACGCUUAAGUUUUAAUAAAGAUUUAUUUAAAGAAUCCGUUUUACAUUGGGAUGAAAAAAUGUUACCUUCAUUGACCGGUAAAGAUUUAGUGGAAAGACUACCAGUACUAAUUUUAUGUGAAGGGCGCGAACAACUUUUAGGGGUUCCCUCUCGAUAA